CUUCAAAGGUGCUAUCGUCGCAUUUUAAUGCGAUGUUAUUUUGAGCGGUGACGAAAUUAUCUGCGUCGAUAUUGAAGGCACUGUCUCUCACCUGGAUCACAAAAGGAUCUUGAGGCUACGUGUUCUUCAAGGAGGACCAGUACCGCAUCGAUUCAGAGUAUCCGCCCCAAUUCCGGAAAAGUCCCGGACAUUUUGCUAAAUUUGUGAAGGAUGGCGGCGGCGUCUCUUUUCGGCGCGUCGCGGACGAUGGAGUCGAGAGCGUCUGCGGAUAAUUACUCGACGCUGGAACACGAGUUCGUGCUGCCUUUUGAGACGAGCUUGCACUUCCAGACAGCCGAGGAGUACGCAAACCGGUACUGGACCCCAAUCCUCUGCUGUUCCGCCGUGUACCUGGGCGUCGUCUACCUCACGCAGAAGGCCAUGCGUCCCCGACCCUCGUUCAACUUGCGGACCCCUCUCAUCGUUUGGAACUGGGCCUUGGCGAUGUUCAGCCUGUUCGGCGCCAUCCGCAUGCUCCCUGAGCUCAUCUUCGUUUUGUCGAAAUACGGAGUCUAUCAUUCUGUCUGCGUUGCCAGUUACGCCGAAAGCAACCUUGUUUGCACGUUUUGGACAUGGGCCUUUGGCUUGUCGAAGCUGGUGGAAUUGGGAGACACCGUCUUCAUCGUGCUACGCAAGCAGCCGCUCAUCUUCCUGCACUGGUAUCACCAUGUCACCGUGCUCCUGUAUACCUGGUACAGCAUUGCCGAGGUGACUGCAUCCGGGCGUUGGUUUGUCACACUCAACUACAUCGUGCACACGUUCAUGUACACGUACUACGCCAUGCGAGCUAUGCGUGUGCGCAUCCCACGUCGCGUUGCCAUGGGAAUCACUUGCGGUCAAGUGAUUCAAAUGGUAUUUGGCCUCUACGUGAACCUGUCGGCCUACAAAUACAAGCAAUCCAACAUGCCGUGCUCCGUUACCUACGAAAAUCUGGCAGCUUCCUUCUUCAUGUACUUCACAUACUUCCUGCUGUUCGUGAAAUUCUUCUACGAUGCAUACGUUGGCCGACGAGGGAAAUUCAUCAAGUUUGCAGCUCCAGCUUUGACCACGAAUGGCUCAGCAAAUGGUGCCGAGAGAACCGAGACAGAUACGGACGCGAACAGACGGCUCAAGUCCGAGUAAGGCGUGCAACGGCAUUUGUGUUUCCCUUCGAGCUGCGUACACGUCUUUCAAUGGGUCCCACACGAUCAAUAUGCUUUAAAAUCGCAGCUUCCGGUGAGCCCUGGCCCCGGAAAACCGGUUGGCUUGAGAAACAACUCUGUGUUUGUCUGAAUCUGGGGCUCUCUUGCAAAUAUCUAUUGAUCUUCCGCGUUUAGCAAUACAAUUCACGUCCACGAUUUCUGCCAGCGAUCGCCACCUGCGACAAAGUGUAUCGGAACGCAGUUGGGAAAGGAAAACGGGAAAUGGAGAUGGGUCUUCACAUUGAUCUUGAUCGCUUGAUUGCUGUGUGAUGCGAUUUUACUGGCUAUGGGUUUCUGCUUCGUGAAGUGUAAAUUUCAGAAAGUUUUACGGAGGGAGGCAACGACGGGGUGCGAGUUCUGCUGAGCAACUGACGAAUAGUUCUGCUAAAAGCUUCCAAAGCUCUUGGUUAGGUGUCGCGUUCUGUAGCAUGUGCUUCGAUUAUUGCCCGUCAAUAGCAUCGCGCGCCGAGGACCGACGACCGUUUAUGGCGGAAAUGUGGCGCUCUUCAUCAUGAAUAUGUAAGUCGUGCAUCGUAUGUUUUCUAUGUACAGUAAAAUUUCCACCCGUUGGACGUCUUCUCUACGGACUGAGCGUUCUGGUUUGAGAUCCGUGUUGGGUUUACUAAGCAUGUUUUUACUGUGGGCCUCCCAUCUCGAGGGUUGUCGUUUGUUGCAAUUUAGCGCUUUGCAGUUUAGUUGUCGCGGAGCGCGAAAGAUAUAAAAAUUGGCGCUAUUUUGGUUACUGGCGUGAGUUGUGAUUUGUGGAAACGUGGGUCGGUGAAGAGAGAUGCUGGCCGUAUGCUUCGGCAUUUGUGCCAAACGAGCGAUGAAUACCGAAGGAUUUGCUCUUGUAUUUCGGAAAUUUCUGCGGAAGUUUUAACGCAUAGCCUUGUAUUCUUGCCUGCAAGGUUCGAUGUUGUCUAUGGCCAGAGUUUUCUUUUGUUGUAAAUUGUUGAUGCGUGGCGCAGGAAUUCAUAAUUUUUCGUAUGAAACAGCCGUUGUUAAGUCAAUGUAUUGUAUCCUGUCAUUGCCUUUUGUCUUUCCGCAUACGCUUUUUUUGGGUAGUGUUUCAGGACGGCUUAGGGAUUCAUAAUUCCGCGAGAUGUGAGGUAUACGUGGGGAAAAUGUUGAUAAUUCCAUCAAAGCAGGAAGUUGCAAUGAAAAAGGCGUCGUGGUGAAAUCUUUUCUAGCAUGGAAAUCUUUUUUGAAAUAAAAUUGACUACUGUAAUGCA